AUGUUUGCAGAAUUCGCAUUGCCACCCGCAAGAUUUUGCGCAAGCAACUGUGACGUGCCACGAAAGUGCCAAGUUUGCACCGACUGUCGACCUUUUCCAACGCUUGGGGCCAUCAUGAAGCUCAUCCAGGUCGUGCUCGGCGUUUUCGCAACUUCCGUCUACUUGCAAGGGUGUGGCGAAGAUAAAGUCUAUACCUCCGUGGAUGAAGCUCUCGCAGCUAUUUGCUCCUCGACGGUCUGCACGGAGUAUUGCAAUACGUGCGUGACAUGCACCAUGACCGGCAACCGUUCUGCCACUCAUUCUCAUAUGGAGACAUGUGGAAUGAACCCGAGGGGAGGUGAAACUUGCAAGGAAGUCUUGCCGUGUGGGGGGAGCUAAAAACCAGACGGCAACAAGUGCCGUGUUCAUGAGCCGUGAUCGGCGCGCGUUUGCCUCCGACGUUCCCGUAGCGGACGGUCGGAAGCCGCAAAUUGCUUUGGCACUGGAAACAUUCGGAGUAAAAAGACCGCGCCAAAGAUGGGGAAUUGAACCUGUGCAGGUUUUUCC